AUGAAUAUUCUCACCUUGGAAGAUGAUCCCUACCGGCCCAACUUCUUCGAACUAAUCGCUCAAGAUCAACUUCGCGAUCUCCUCAGCCCAGUGACUCGUUAUGUGCUCUCGGUCUUUGCCCAAAGUCAUCCGAGGUACUUGCUGAGGAUUGUCAACCGACAUGACGAGUGUUUUGCUUUAUUGAUGCUUUUCAUCGAAAGGUACUAUUUGAAGAAUUGGGGCGGCUCUUUUGCGGAGCAUUUCUAUGGAUUGAAGCGCCGACGCCGACUGGAUAGUAAUCCCAUCGAGCCAAGGAUCUUACUGAAUCAAACGAAUGACCACGGUGACCUGAGAACCAAACAUAUCAGAUAUUCCCUUUUCUGUUUAGUGGGCAUCCCAUAUUUGCGUAAAAAAGCUCGAGAUUUGUACGAAAGGCUGGGGGGAAGCACAGACUCUACGCUUUUAGAAGACGACUCCGGGAUGGGGCUCAGAGUACAGCAGAUUGAUCCAAAUGCCAAUCAGCGACAACUGUUUUAUCAUAGGAUAUCAGAUAUAUACAAGCUCUUAUACCCAUAUACAAACGCUGCGUAUGAGGCUAUCAAUUUAGUCUAUAGUCUUCAAUACCUUCUUGAACGGAGUCCUUAUUGGAGACCUUUCGAAGCAUGGAUGAAACUCGAAAUUCGUCGUCUCAGUGGCCAAGAUUAUCAACGUAUGGGGCAGAAGAUUGCUUCGAUGGCGAAGUCUCCAUUUCGUCGAAAUCAACGAACUGGUGCCCGACCCUCAUUACUGAGACUACUCUUGAGAAUAAUCCAGCGGGGCACAAAUGUCACUCUCGAAUCACUCAAAGUGGCCCUACCAUGCUCGAUCUUUGCGUUCAAGUUUCUUGAAUGGUGGUACUCGCCUUCUAACAUCCGUCGCACUCGAACUUUUGGAAUGUCUGAUGAGGCUCAAGAUUUGUACAUCAAGCCUCCAGUAUCACUUAGACCUCAUCCAGAAGGCGUAUUAAGCAAAGAAGGCAAGCUUAUACCGGUGCGCAAAGGGCACUGUCCGAUUUGUCGGUCAGUCCUCGUCAAUUCGACUGCCUUUCCUUCAGGCUGGGUCUGUUGUUAUAAGUGUGCACAUUCGUAUGUGUCUGAUUUCGGAAGAUGUCCAGUGACAUGGUAUCCUACUAUUUUGGCUGAUCUGAGGAAGAUCAUCGGAUAA